GCGUUGCGUGGUCGCCGAUGUUUAUUGCUGCUGUGUUUAUGUUGUUGUGGUGUAAAUUUUUUCUUGAUAAGCAGGCCCCGAUUAGUUCCUAAUCAAUAAUAAUUACAUUAUUAUCAUGGCGCAAGCUGAAGAUACUGAACUCAGAGACUUGGUUAUAGAAGCUUUAGAAAAGAACGGCUCCCUGGCAAAGAUUCGUGCUUUACUCCGCGCUAAUGUUUUUCUUGCUUUUGAAGAUGAAUGCGAAAAUAUAAAACAUAAUGAAAGUUUAGACAAUAUAUUGAAUUUGCCAGAAGGUGUUCUGUGUUGUUCGAUCGUUCAUGAUUUUUUGGAAUAUUGUAACCUAAAAAAUACGUUGUUUGUAUACAAAUCUGAGAGUCGCCAAGGGAGAGCCUAUAAAAUCGAGGGGCAGAGAGAAUUGGCAGAUAAAUUUAAUUUUGGUAAAGGUGAUUGCAACCGAGAGCCUGUUCUCAUUUCUUUAGUGAAAAGUGUUUUGCAGAAUAGCCAAAAGAUAUACCAAAACAACAUUAACAAACCCACGGAUAAAAAAUAUGACGCUUUAUACAAAGAUGAACAAAAUUGUACAUACAUAGUUCAUGAAGACUCUUCUAGUGCAUCAUGCAAUUCUCAUUCAGAUAACUCAUCAGAUGAAAAAAACAGGUUGCAUUUGCGUCUGCAAUCUGAGAAUUCUGAUACAGAUACAUCAAGUGAUUCUGCUAAAGAUAAAACAAACUCUGAAUACAUUCCUAGUGAACAUGUUCUUGUGCCUGAAAAAAAUAAGGAAAGUUAUACAAAUAAACAGAUUUAUAAUCAGCAAAAUACUUACUUGCUGAAUCCCCAACAAGAAAAUCAUUCACUGUGUUAUUUAAAUGAUUUGAAAUUUGGCAACAACAGCAGCAGUGAGUCAACAUCUUAUGUAGAAUUAAAGCCAUUCAGUUCUUUUGAUGAAAAAUUAUUAAACACUACAGGUGUGCCUAUAGUAGUAACUGAAAAGGAUGAUUUCACCCACUCUAUGCAGACAAUACCACCUCCCUUAGAAAUUACUAAAAAACCUGAAGACAAUAUUACUCCUGACUCUGUUCCAUCAGGUACAAUAUCAUCUUCAUCCUUGAACAAUGAAAGUCCAAAACCUUCUAAACCAAAUGAAAAGAAGUCUGCCGAAGAAUCUGGGAAGUCAGAUAUAGAGUAUAGUUAUGACUUUUCAUCAUCAGCUACAACUAAAAAGGACCCAGAAGAGCAUUCACCUCAAUCCAUUCCAGAAGAUUUCAAUGAAAUCAAGGAUUCUUUGCAACACAAUUCGGCAAGUUCACAAAGUUCUGUAUCAAUAUCUGAUGUAACAGACUUAUUAAGUGAAAAGAAUUACUCAUAUGGACUUGUGCAAAAUGAUAAGCAUUUAUCACAGAAUAAGAUUUUGCAGACCAGUGAGAAGAAAGCUUCAAGAACUGAUGAUGACUCUGGUGACUUCUCAGAGUCUCCUGUUCCCUCUCUUUCCAAUUUAAGUCUUGACAUACAUAGUGAUUGAUGAUUAGGUUUUAAAAAUUUAUUUUUUUAGUCAGUUUGUUCCUUUUAACAUUGCCACAAAGUAAAUUAUUUUAGUUUUAUCAUAUUGCUGUACUUUCUUUAUAAAAUAAUAUUUAAAAUAUUAAUAGUUAAUGCUUAACAAGCUAUGUAGUAAAGAGAGCAUUGAUGUUAGUGAGGUUAAAGUAUCUAAUUAAAAAAAAAUUCUGAGUCAGGUUCACUAAUUCGGUAACCAAUCUUAUGAGGGAAAACAUAUUGAGGAAACCUUGUAUAAAUGUAUUUUGUGUUAUUUUGUAAAUAAAUUUUUCAAUUUCAUGUGUUCUCCGCUAUGUGUUACUAGUCGGGGGCGUUAAAUUCAAGUUUUCAAAUUUUUAUAAUAUUCAUAAAAAUAAGCUUAGGUUACUUACUGUUCUCAUUUUUAUUUUGUGUGUUUUACUAAGGCUAUAGAGCAUAUCUACUACUGUUUAGGUUUAAGUUGUCUUUGAAUGUAACUUGGUCCACAAGUGUGUGCCAGCUUCAUUGUUAUGAUGAAAUCAAUGCUUUAUUUUACCUUUAUUUAUUUAUUGUUUUAUUUUAGGUAUCAAUUCAAGAUAAAAUAUGGCAAAAACUAAAAUUAACAUUUAAAAGCAUGUUUUUUUUACUAUACAUUUGAUAAUAGAAAUAUAUUCAAGGGUAGUGCUGCAAAUAUUUAAUGAAAUCUUAAACUGAAAAAUUAGUGUAGCUAGGAUUGAAUGUCAAGAAUAUAUUUAUAUCCAUAUCCAAUUGUCGGCGCAAUUUUUAGACGUAUUUCUUUUAGGGCAUAAGAUUCAAUGGCUCCAACGUGAAUACAACUCCAAUACUGAAUCAUUGAUUCAGGGAAUUUUGACACACUAAAAACAUUGCGAACAUCACGUUGCCUUUGGCAGGUGCUAUUGGGGGUGUGCCAAAAGUAAAAUUCUUCUUUUUUUAACUUGUUCUUAGCCAUAGAAAUUGAAAUAAUUAAAUUCUAUUACAUCAUGAAGUAAUAUAAACUCAAUUGGGCUGUGUAGCAGGACUGCUUUAUGAAUCUAGAAUUAAUUAUUGUAAGUUUAUUUUGAAACUAAAAGCUUGUGAAAUCUACAAUUAUGACAAUGUGUAGAUUAAUGUGUAGUUUUCUAGUGCAUUUAAAUAAACAUGUUUGUUAUGUAAAACUAAACAAUAGUACAUAGGUAAGGCAAAGGCCUCAGGUGCUUGCUUUUCAUCCUGAUUGUAAUUUUGUGACACAAGUAUUGUGAAUAUGUUUGCUGAUAUUUUUCUGAAAAUCAUUGUGCCUUAUUUAUUGGAAGUGCAAAAUUGAAACAGUAACAAAAGGUUCCUUUUAAAUUUCAAUGAAUAUUGUUGUAGGUAAUUUAAUCUAGUCCUAUAUAGAAUAUUAAAAAUGGUUCCGUCCAAAGUGCUCCAUUACCCAUUUUCUGUCAUAAACUCCUUCUGUGAGUGAUUAUUCCUCAACAUUUGACUAUUAUGUACUCAAUAAAUGAUAAAUCAAAUUAAAACUAUGAAUUUACUUUUAAUAUCGUAUGUAUAUGACCUAAGUAGUUACUUACUUUUAAAUGCUUAAAGGAGUGAUUAGGUAGAUAAAGUGCCUUAGUGGCAGCGAGAAAGUAGGUAUUUCAAAAAUAAACUACAAAUGUUAUAUUCAAAUGUUUAUUUCACAUUU